AUGCAGGACACGACGGCCAAGAGGCCACCUCGACACCCGCGAUGGCAUCAUUACGAAGCAUGUCUGGGAUUAAACGUGAGCCCUCUGCAAGAAGACGACACGGGCAAGCGCAAAAUGAUACACGAUGUCCCUAGUGAGGACAAGUGUAGUCACGGAGACAAAGCGAGGACAGUCAGACCCGGUAUGUUGGAGUCGCUUGUCGGGGCGUCGCAGCGGCAAUGGAUAUGCCAAGGUGUCUUGACGAGAGGUCGACAUCAGGGCAUCAUUCGACGCUGUCUCGGUUCAGACUUCCGAAUCUAUUUCCACAAGGUUAGCAACUGA